AUGCUGGAAAAGAUUACAGCUCCCAAUUUGACUCCAGAUGCCGUACUCCUGUUAGAACUCGUGAAUCCGGUGCUCCAUCGUGAGCUGGAAAACGAAACUAAUCCACAAAGCUUCAAUCUGAGUAUCAAAGAAGCCUGCAGCUGA